AGCUUGCAUGAACUUUUUCUUGAGCUACCUCUGGAACAAUUGAGUAGAUAAAAAAAACACAAGCAGUAACAUUGGUUUCUAGUUCGGAAAGAAGAAAUCAAAAACCUAAAGUUUUUUAUCGGUUGGCAGGCCAAAAAGUGCAGAAAGUAGUGAAGAUGUUUCGCCACAAAGUGGUUCAUCAGCAACUGAAUCUUCUUCCUAUAAAUUUCCUGAUGAGUCUGACUCCUGUGACUUUGAGGAAGCCUUUUCUGCUAUUCAUAAUGAGGUUGCUGAUCAGCCAAGUAAUCAAGUGCUAAGUAGAUUGGACGAGGACAGGAGAAUCAAGGCUUUAGUUGACACACCUGCUAUUGAUUGGCAAAGCCAACCCAAGGAAGUUUAUUAUUUUGAAGGAAGCACCGGAAGGACAUGGGGUGGAAGAAUGGCUUGUGGUUUUGGUGAUGGUUUAUUGGGAUUCAAGAAACCACCGGCUGGCUACGUUUGUCAUAGAUGCAAAAUGCCUGGACAUUUCAUUCAGCAUUGUCCUACGAAUGGUGACCCCAAGUUUGAUAUAAAAAAGAUGAAACCGGCAACUGGUAUUCCCAGAUCUAUGUUGUUGGCCACUCCAGAUGGCUCUUAUUCACUCCCAGAUGGUGUCGCUGCUGUUUUAAAGCCAAAUGAAUCUGUUUUUGAGAAGGAAAUUGAGGGGAUUCCUUCUGUCUGCCGUGUCAGUGACCUUCCUCCCGAACUGAAUUGUCCAUUGUGUAAGAAAGUAAUGAAAGAUGCCGUCAUGAGUAGCAAGUGCUGUUUCACUAGUUUCUGUGACCAAUGCAUAAGGGACCACAUCAUCACCAAAUCAAUGUGCAUUUGUGGGGCCAAAUAUCUGGUCGCAGAUGACUUAAUCCCAAAUGUGACUCUUAGGGAAACAAUCAAUAGCUUCCUGGUUAUAAGCAGUAGGUCAAGCAGUGCUGGAAGCUCAGAUAUGGGAUCGGCGACAUCAAAAGCUCUCUCUCCAGUUUUUUCUGUGGCCUCCAUGAGUAAACAGAAGGCAUCGUCUCGCACCAUUUUUGUUGUUUUUGUUCAUCAAAUUGUCGUGAAUGUCGUUGUAUGAUAUUGGUACCACGAAGCAUUAGAUGGGCUUGAAUGAA